GACUCGGACCACUGUCAUGUGACAGAUGUUUUUGUUGUUUCGCUUCCGCCUUCGAUCUGUUUCUCGCCCUGUCAUGUGGACGUCAAACUGACGGGCUUCGGAGUUCAAAUCUCCUCCGCGAUUCCAGAAAUCUCUACCGGUGGUCUGAGGACUCCCCACCGCUGCGAAGACUCUUCCCGAGGGCGCUGCGAAGGGCUGAGGGCCGGUGGGAGCGAUGGCGGACGGGGAACGGUCGCCGCUGCUGUCCGAGCAGCACGACGGGACCAACGGCUUCUCUCCCGAGGGCAGCUCGCGUGGAUAUCCGUCUAAACCACAGAGUUUAGCACCGUUCCCCAGCUUGGUGGCACCAGGCGAUCCUCCGCCCCCGUACUCACCACAGGGCAGCCCAGACAGCGGCAGCGCUCCGGUCAUCAGCUGUCGGGUCUGUCAGAGCACCAUAUCCGUGGAGGGCAAGACGCACCAGCAUGUGGUGAAGUGCAGCAUCUGCAACGAAGCGACGCCGAUAAAGAACGCUCCUGUUGGAAAGAAGUACGUCCGCUGUCCAUGUAACUGCCUGCUGAUCUGCAAAGUCACGUCGCAGAGGAUCGCCUGUCCAAGACCGUACUGUAAACGCAUCAUCAACCUGGGACCAGUUCACAUCGGGAGGGAAAGUCCUGAACCGCAGCAUCAGCCCGUCGGCAUCAGGGUCAUCUGCGGACACUGCUCCAAUACGUUCCUGUGGACAGAGUUUUCAGACCGGACAUUGGCCCGGUGUCCACACUGCCGAAAAGUCUCUUCGGUUGGUCGGCGAUACCCCAGGAGGAGGAGCCUGCUGUGUUUCCUGCUGUUCAUCGUCCUCGCUGCCUCCACUGCAGGACUUCUGUUUGGUACAUGGAAACCAGCCCAGCGCUCUAAAGGGAUCUACGUGUCGUGGGUGCUGCUGAUCCUGCUCGCUCUGUUCACCAUGGCAAGAGCCAUCUACUGGAGGUGUCUGAAAAUCAGCGACCCCAUAUCCAACGUUACGUAGACAGAGAGAAGGACAGGGAAAGAAGGAAGGAAGGAAGGAAGGAAUGAGGAUCUAGUGUUUUCUCCAGGAAGAUGAUGUGAAUGCCCCCUCAAAUGACAUUCAGACCCAAAUAGGAUGCUAAAACCAACAUACAGUAAUGAAAUUAUACAGCGGAACUGAUUUAUUGAUUGAAAAGUUGGAUGCCAUUCUCAUAUCUGUAGAUGGUUAGCUUAGCGUAAAGACUGGAAAUGGGGAAACAGCUCUCUAACUAACACAGACCUGUGUCAAAGUGACAAGUUGCGCUUUCAUGGUGGGUUGUGUGCUGUCCUGUCCACGCGUUUCCAGGCUUUAUGCAAAAAAAACCUUCGGUGGUUCCCCAAAAUGUCAAAUUAUUCCUUUAACCGAUACCGAAGCAGUUGAACUCAAAUUUGAGCCGACAAACACUCGAUUAAUUUCAGGUCACAAUAGAAGGCUUCAGGGAAUCGGUGUUGUUAAAGUUUGGACUGAACCGUUUCUCCGGGGUCAGCUGGCAUUACAUUUAACACAGGGAGAAAAUAUCGGAAAAUGGGAACGGAUGGCAGAAGUAAGUGGCCAUGGCAACAGUUUUUUACUUCCUGCAGAGCAUCAGUGAGCAGGUGAAUGAGUGGAUCAAUCUACCAUCCAUUCACUAUAUGAACUUCUCACCAACCACCAAUUACUAAACAUAUCUCAAUAACCACAUGAAGUCACAGUGCACAUAUCAUUUUAAAUGCAAAGUAUGUAUAUAAGGAACCACGUAUGCUUUUUGUUUUGGGGCAUUGUUCAUUAAAAGGUAAGUUUCAAAUAAGUUUACUGACAAAUUAUUAGGAUUAAAUUUAGCUUGAAAUGCAUAUGACUCUCACAGAAAAGCCCCUCUUCAGUCUCAGUUUAUGUGUGAUAAAAUGGGCUAAUUUGACCCGAUUAUUAUUUAAAAGAAACUUGUAACAGUAUAAAGCGAAUUUUAAAAAGGCAACAAAGCAAAGACAAGCAGACCGAAGCUGCUUAGAAGUAACAUACACGUGUACACGGGGAAACUUAAAAAUAGACGGGCAUUAACUGAGGAUAAGUGGCAUCAUCUCUUCUUUCUUUUCAUGCUUUUGAAGUCAGUGUAGUAGCAUGUCAGCGUUCAGAUCCUCCUCCAGGGAUUUGGGGGAAUAUGAUUUGAUGCUCUCAUAUUUAGUUACGUCAGCUGUUAAUUGAAAAUGAUUCACGCGAAGGACGCCGGGUCGACAAAAUGACAACAUGUCAGAAUUGAGUGCGAAUCGUCAGAUGUAAACUCUUCGAAUUCUGCCGAAUGCUUUUCAACUCAAAUCCAAAAGUGCAGUUUUCUUCUGUUUGACUCACUGAUGUAAGUCACUCGAGCACACGCAGGGAAUGAUUUAUUUCUCCUCUUUCUUUUUUAUUCUGAUGCAUCUUGUCUGAAGCACACUAAACUCAGCUGACACGAGUAAAACCUGCGAGUGUCUCUUUCUCUGUUGAAGUGUAAAUAUAUUCAGUGGAUGUUGAUUCUUUUGGACUGUAAAGAACUAUCAGGGCCGUUGCUUCUCCCUUGUGGCUGAUUAAUGUAACUACCCACUGACUGUGAAACAUGUUGCACUACAUUGUACUGAUGUACUACUACUGUAUGUUUUUGUCAGUGUUAUUCCGGUGGAUGGAUUGUUUUUUGGUUUCUUUUGUUUUCUUUUGUUUUUUUUGUAUAUUGUGGAACAAAGUAAUACUUUUAACAAGGUUCUCUGACUCGA